CGUGAUAGAGUUAUGGCUUCUGUGAUGGAGCGUGCGAAGUCGAUCCAGGGAGAGAUCAACCAGCUGAUCGACCCCCACUACGACACCAGCACUGGCGAGGUCAAGUCAGAUAUGACGCAGAUGAAAUCGACGUCCGACAAGCUGUGCGAACUGCUGCUGCAGCACUCGCUGGCAUACUGGAGCACGUCGGAGAACGAGAAGGUUUGGCCCCAUCCGAAAAACAGAUUCGAGAUGGGGCUCGACCCAGUCGACGUCCACGAGCUGCUCGACUUCAUCACUGGUUGCGGGUGGUCGUGGUCCGAGGUAGGCAAGCCCAUCGCGUUCGAGUCCAUUCCUCAGGACAAGCCUGGCCAUCAGGAACAGUUGGGCUUCAUCCAUGCACUGGUCCAGGGAUCGGGCGGCAUGUUGCCGUCGAUGACGCCCGAGCUCGUCAAGCUCCUGAGUGUGACAUCUUCGCACACGGUAGCAUCAGUGAAGAUCGUCGAGGCAGGGUGCAGGACCUUCCUCAAGGACUUGUCCCACAACGGCUUCCUUUCGAAGGAGCAGGUUCUCGCGAAGGACCCAGGGUUCGCUGCUCCGAUGAAGGAUGGUCUCAAGUGGCUUUGCAUCCGAUGGGAAGUGGAAUCGCGCUGUCCAAAUCUUCCUGCAUUUCUGCAGGAGGCUGGCAACCAGCACCACGGAGCCAACCGUACAGUCACCAAGGUCCAGACCAUGUUGCAAGUGCAUUCCAGGAUGAUGUCCAACUUCAAGAAGCUCGGUGAAUACCGCAAGGAGCAGGUGGCGAGGGCCAUCGAGAGGCAGCAUCCGACGAUGGCUGGGCAGAUUGCCGACAUCGCCGAUUACGUGGAGAGGUGGUCUGGCGGCAACACGCCGUACAUGUUGUUUGAGCUGAACGACUUCAGCAAGGUGCUUUCGUUUCGCCGAGACAUCGCGCCCGUCACCUUCAAGGUGCUCGCCCAGUUCCAGGCGAAGACCAUGGCAGAAGUCCCGACGGCCAUCUUGAAGGCAUCUUUGGUUGCGCCAGAGAACUUAUGCACCAACAACGUCGCCAAGAUCGUCUCGAGCGCGGACCUCGCCGUCGUGACGGGCGCCAAGAAGGAGGAGUUCAUCAAGGUUCUGUCCUACUGGCGCGUCAGCAAGCAGUGGCUGGAGACAUUAUCCAAGAAGGAGGGCUGCACCGUGCCGAUCUCCACGUGGAUCAAGCUCCGCGGCUUCUUCGAGGUCAAGUGCAUCAUGCACCUCUUCCAGAAGAAGAGCGGCAAGCGCAAGGCUUACGACAGCCUCGAGCACAUCGCCAAUGAGUUCCUAGAUGAAGUGUUCAACGUCUACCCUGAGGCACGGGGCAACGCGACUCCCUGGGCGUACAAGUCCGAGUUCUCGGCCAAGGGCGAUCGGGCCUGCAAGGCCCAGAAGACCAUGAUCCAGUAUAACCCCGACGGCACCAUCGAUGGAGAGUCGUUGCGGGCAUUAGGCUUCGUGGUGGGAGCGAAUGUCCAGCCGCUCGCGCAGGCCAAGGACUUCGUCAAGAGCCACCUGUACAUCAUCAAGACAUUGGGGGCCGACACCGCUCACGUCGUGGACACGACGCUCCAGGACUCCAAGGUGGACGACGAGGAGGUGGACGCGACGCCCGUGGCCAUCGCGACGCUCGUCGAUCAGUGGAAGGUCAGGGCAUCCUUCUAA